GACCGCAGGGGAGGCGAGAGGCAAGAUGGCGGCGCCGGGAGAGGCGGCGGCCGUGGCGGCUCCCUCACAGCCCGAGGUGGCCGCGGGCUCGGCCGCCUCCGCCGUGGUGCUGCCGGAGCGGCUGCAGCGGCGGGAAGCGGAGCGGCAGCAGGGCGUGGAGCGGCAGCGGCAGAAGAAGGAGGCGCAGGUAGUGAAGGAGGAGCAGAGCGAGUUCUUCCUGGCCGCCUUCGCCCGGGAGCGGGAGGCCGUGGAGGCGCUGCUGGCGGCGGGGACGCUGGAGGAGGCGGCCGCCCGCCUGCAGGCGCUGCAGAAGCUGCUGACGGGCAGCGUGCGGUUCCUGGCGCCGUACGAGGUGCGGCAGGGGCAGGAGACCGUGGCGCGGCUGCAAUGGGAGCUGGCGGCGCGGCGGCAGCAGCUGCAGCCCAAGAAGAAAUUCGCCUUCCGCGCCCUCAAGAAAGAAGCGGCCCCGGGCAGCGCCCCGCGCCCCGCCGAGCCCGCCCCGCCGGAGCCCGCCGCGCCGAGCUCCGGCCUCGCCGAGGGUGAAUCGGGCGGGCCGCCGCUGUGCGGGUUCAGCGGCGCCCAGGACGAGGAGCUGGAGCUCGGCCCCGCGGAGCUGCUGCAGCGGGACGUGCUGCUGUCGGAGCUGCGCGGCUGCCGGGUGCGGCUCCGCGGCAACCCCAACACGCUGCGGGUGCGCGACUGCAGCGGCUGCACCGUGCUCUGCGGGCCCGUGUCCACCUCCGUGCUGGUGGACGGCUGCAGCGACUGCCUGCUGGCGCUGGCCUGCCAGCAGCUCCGCACCCACCGCACCCGCGACUGCCGGGUCUACGUGCAAGUCACCAGCCGGGCCGUAAUCGAGGCCUGCUCUGAGGUCUCCUUCGCCCCCUACUCCUGGAGCUACCCUGGUAUCGAGGGAGAUUUCGAGUCGUCUGGGCUGGACAGAAACAGUAACAACUGGAACCUGGUGGAUGACUUUGACUGGCUGGCGACUGACAGGCCUUCCCCGAACUGGAGCCUGAUCCCCGAGCAGGAAAGAAUCACUUGCUGGGACUGACUGCGGAGGCAGCUCUGCCGUGCGAGAGAUCCUCAUGUAAACGCACUGAUCCACAAACUGUGGGACUUAAUCCACAAUAUGCCAUUAAAUGAUUCCAUUCUGUAUUCAAAUUUGAAAUUAUAAUAUAUGGCUGGCUUUCUUAGUUGAAGCAUACCAGUCAAAUAGAGUUUACUGUUCUUGCACAAGUUGCUGCUAUAAUCUGUAUGUAUCACUGGGAUUUGCCAAUUUCUGAAGUACUUCAUUGUGAGUUACAGCUUAUUAAGGUGGGACGAAGGCCACUGAUACACAAACACAAUGAGCCUCUGUUAGAGCUGUUGUGCUGCUUUCACUCAGGCAGACUCUGAAUUAGCUGCAAAUAGUGCAAACUGUACUGGAAUGAAAAGAUCAAAUACCAAAUUUCCCAUGUUUGUGUGGUUCUCAUGACAGCAGCGCAGUGUAUCUUAGAGGGAGUGCAGGGCAGGACUGCUGUGAGGUAAUGGGGUGAAAAAAGGUUCAUUUCAAGGGAGAGUUUGUAACUGCACAGCGCAGCAGACUGAGAUGCAUCCUAGGCUGUAGUACAACAAUGAGCCAGUUUCUGUUGGUUUGGGUUAAAUCUGCAAGUUGGCUUUAGGCUUUUAUUUCCAGUGAGAAAAGUCUAAAGGAAGUAUGGUUCUAAUAAACAUCUAAUGCUCUCCUAAUAUAUUGAUUACUUGAAAUUCAGAAACCUAUGGAGUCUGUAUAAAUACUAAAUCUUCACAACUUAUAAAUAUCAUGUGAAAGGAUGCUGCUUCUGUAAGCAGCUCAAAGGCAUCCAGCAAGUGCUGAUGAGCACCACAGAAGCUGGGUUAACUGUUCCUCUGCAAGAUGAAGCUUGAGGGGUGUUCAGGGAUGUCCCACUAGUUUUCCAGACAACAGGCUUUUUGUGCUGUGAUCCUAAUUUGCAGCACUCUGCUGCUGCUGCAUAUGUGCAGUGUUGGCAGAGAGAGUCAGUAAAACAGAAAGAUGAGGUGCUAUAUUCCAAUUCCAGAAUUGCAUAUUACCUUGCAUAAAGUGCAGAAUAAUUUAAGUCUCUUCACUCCUGCUAAAUAAUAAUAAAAACGUAGCAGCACUGUGGAAUGCAAUGUCUUUACAGUGCCCUGUUAGUGGUGCUGAAGUGACCACUGUCCAUAUAUAAAGUAUACAUAGCAGUUUUAGGUUUCUAAAACCCCUCCUUAACUUGUGACAUUUUUCAAGAAAUAAUUGUUUAUCUUGCCUUAGCAUAAAGCUUUAUUGUAAAACUUCAAAUUCUUUACGCUGUGCAGCCAUCAUCUAUGUGCCUCAAACAGACACUGAAUCCUAGCUGAACCAUCAAAAACUACAUCACUGCCAGGGGAAGUACCUGAAGCUUCACUUGGGUGCUCGUCUGGUUUUGAGCAGAAAAUUUUUUUAUAUAAGUUGUUUUCAGCAUAUUUAAUUUAAAGGGGAGGGCAAAAGGGAUUUUUUUUUUUUUAAUAUUCCUGACAAUUCUCAGUUUUGUUUACUUCUGUUAAUGUGUAUUUUUUGACUGAAUUGGAUUUUGCAUUUCAAAUAUACUUGUUUUGAAUUA